AUGCAGGAACCAGAGUGUGGGGUGAACAGACCUGUCUUGACAGACUCCCCUAAACCCGGGGGCGGGGGCAGGACUGUGGCGAGCUGCCGGCAUCUAAGAUUCCAGGGGCGAGGAGGCGGUGGGCUUGACCUAUCAGAGGGGGGUCACUCGCACGGUGGACCGACAGCCAAUCAGAAGAGCGCUUGCACCCGACUCGCCCAGCCCACACUUCCCACCUUUCUCUUAACUCCGGAGGCAGCGGCACCACGGCCACUGUCCUGGAGUCACAGGCCAGCGUGCUGCGUUCGGCGUUCUCUCUUCAUACCCGCGCUGCGGACGCAGGCAGGAGCCGUGCAGGCAUCUCGUGAGUGGGACAAGGCGAACUCGGGCUGCGAGAUCAUGCAGAGCCAGGAGGAGGAGACUUUUCUGUACUUUGCCUAUGGCAGCAACCUAAUGAGCGAGCGGAUUCACCUCCACAAUCCCUCGGCCACGUUCUGCUACGUGGCCCGCCUGCAGGAUUUUGAGCUCGAUUUUGGCAAUUCCCAAGGCAAAACAAGUGAAACUUGGCAUGGAGGCAUAGCCACUGUUAAUCAAAGUCCUGGCAAUGAAGUAUGGGGAGUAGUAUGGAAAAUUAACAAAAGCAAUUUAAGUUCUCUGGAUAAGCAAGAAGGGGUUAAUAAUGGAACAUAUGUCCCAAUAGAAAUUAAUGUCUACACUCAAGAAGGAAAAGAAAUAACCUGUCGAAGUUACCAGAUGAAAAAUUAUGAGCAAGCUCCCCCUUCACCCCAGUAUAAAAAGGUCAUCUGCAUCGGUGCAAAAGAGAGUGGUUUGCCACUGGAGUAUCAAAAGAAGUUAAAUGCAAUAGAACCAAAUGACUACAAAGGAAAGGUCUCAGAAGAAAUUGAAGACAUUAUCAAAAAGGGGGACACAAAAACUCAUUAGAACAUAAUAGAAUAUAUCUGCAGAUGCUUUUCUAUGUGCUAAUAUACUUUUAACAUUUAGAAGAGGGAUUUGGGAUAUCUUUGCAUUUAACAUAUUUUCAACAAUGCUCUGAGGGGAUAUCUCGCUUGAGUGAUUCCCUACUUUCAGACUAUGAAAGAAACUGGGUCAGGAGUUAGACAAUUGCAAAGGAGGCGUGAAGCACUGGAAUGCAUGAUAAACGGCUCUGGGUACUUCUUCUGUGAACACUUAUUUUCUUGAGUCAAUCUGAAGUAUAUUUUUGCUCCAUGACAAAGCGUAGAUUUGCAACUCAAUGAUGGUGCUGGUGAAUUACUUUACUCUGGAAUUUUUCUUAUCAAUAAGAGCUAGCCAACUGCAGAGAUAGUUGGCAAUAAAAUUGUUUAAAUUUACAAGCUUGCAUGCUGUCCUUAGAUGAAUAAAUGUAUCCGUGGUGUAACCUGUACUCCCUACUAAAGUUCUGCAUUUCAUUUUGUUAGAGAUUCACAUCAUCGCAUGCAGUGGGUCUGGUCUUGGCCAUACCAACUCCGUGCUAGAGGACUGUUGCCGAGUCUGGAAUCAGACAGCCUAGCAUCAAUGGUCAGUUCCACCACUCUCUAGCUGGGAAAGUUUGGGUUAUUUGACUCGGUGCCUCAGUUUCCUCACCUGUAAAGUGAGGACGCCAAAACACCUAUGUCUUAGGAUUAUUCUGAGGAGUAAAUGUAUGUAAUGAGCUUAGAACAGAGCCCUGCAUAUAAUAAGUAUCAGCAAUCAUUAUUGUUCUUAUUGAAGGAUUAAGUUUGCAAGACCCAACCUUGAAAUGGGAUUUUGAAGUAGAAGAGUCAAGGUGAUGAUGGAAAAAUGUUUUCUGGAAGCUAUAGUUUGAUUCUUGGCUUUUCAAGAAAUGGUCACCUUCGUAAAUUUAUUUACUGAAUAAAUGGAGAAAAAAGA